CCAUACUUAAAGAUAAGAUCCAAGGCGUUCAGGGCAAAAAAAAAAAAAGUUUGGAGCAGGAAGACAAAGAUAUGUAGAGGAGGAGGCGCUGAUUUAUAUCAAAUUUCCACUUGGACACAGCACUGCCGUUCAUUGUGAAUUUGCGUGGAGGAAAAAAAGGGGAAGAGUGCUUACGGGGGGAACAUCCAAGGAGGCAGGAGACAAGUGCCGUGAGGAAGAUCUCACUCACUCACUCAUUCACUAGAGCACCAGGCAAGGCGAGCCGCGCCCGGAUCACAUCCCCAGCAGCACCUUCCUCUCCCCGGCUUAAAGCAUGGCCAGUUCAAGUAAAGCCACUUUAAUCUUGCUCAUCUACGGGAUCUUAAUGCACUACAGCGUCUUCUGCACACCUCUCGGAUUAAGUUACCCCAAAAUUAGGCUGGACAACGACGCGUUCGACGAGGACGGUAAUUCUUUAAGCGACUUGGGCUUCGAUGGCGACCACAUUGCAUUACGCAGCGCAGCGUCCUUGAACGACGACGGCUACACUCUGUACUACCCACCCGAGAAAAGAGCAGAAAGGCAUGCUGAGGAGGAAUUAGAUAGAGCCUUGAGGGAGAUCCUGGGUCAGUUAACAACGAGACAUUAUCUGCAUUCUCUGAUGACAAUUCAUGCAGGCGAGGAUAGCAGCAUGGAGGAAGAAGCAGAGCCCCUAUCCAAGAGGCAUUCGGACGGCAUCUUCACCGACAGCUACAGCCGCUACAGGAAGCAGAUGGCGGUGCAGAAGUACCUGGCAGCGGUUCUGGGACGAAGGUACAGACAGAGAGUUCGGAGUAAAGGACGACGCCUCGCCUAUUUGUAGUGCCGCCAGCAGGCUGUGUACAGUAUAUGAUUAUUAUUAUUAUCAUUAUCAUUAUGAUAAUGAGCCCCCCCUCCCUCCCAUCAUUCAGAUAUAGCUGACAAACCAGUGGAUUGCGCCUGUGUUCUUUCAACAUGUAUUUAUGUAUGAAGUUAAGCCAUUAAAAUGAAUAUUUUAUUAAUAAUAUGGUUUUCCCACAUUUCCUUUUUUUGUACAAACGGCUCUUGAUGAUGAUGGUGAUGAUAACGCACAGUCAUAACGGACCAAUAUUUGUUUCAAAAUGUAAAAAAAAAAACGAAAAAAAAAUAAUUGUGCACUUUCGACGUUACGCGCUUGAGAACAAAAAUAUAUAUCGUUAAGAAGUCAUCAUAUGCAUAGAAAUAAAUAGAUUAAAAAAGACAAUCAAAGUAUUGAAUGUUACUUAUUUUUGUAAGCUAUUUUUGUAAGUGUUGUUGACAAAGCAGGCCCAAAAGCAGCGGUGCGCAUGCUCCAUAUUUCUAUGUACUACAUACAGUAUGUGUGUGUGUCCUCUCACCGUGUUGCUGCACCCUGCAGGCUUGGCUCUCAGUUGGGGCCUCCUUGCACUGCUGCUUCAUUUACAAACAUCACCGACCCCAUCACCUAUGGCUUCUCUUUGCCUCCAUGCAACACUGCUGCUGCUGCUGCUGCUGCCGCCAUGUCCUGUGGCCUCAGUGCCCGGAUGUGUGGCUAAUAAUUAUUUAGAUUUAUUUUUAUUUCAGUUUUUCUUUAUUUUUUAUUAGUAAAUGUACCUUGUGGAUGCUAACUGUGCUUACGGGCUGCAUGCUGCUGUGUUGAUGUUGCAAGAUUAAGUUUGGAGGCGUUUUUUUUCAUGUGUGAAAGGGGUUAAAAUGGAUGACUUAUGAGUUAUAUCAUCUUGCAAAAUGAAGUGAAGAGACUCUUCAAUUGUGUUUGCUAGUUAGGGUGAUUUUUUUUUGGAGUCUCCCAUCCUCUAUUGUGUGACUGUCUUGAGCGCAUGGGGUGUUUAUUGUGUAUUGGGCUUGAAUGUGAUGUGCUGAUGGCAGAGGUGGCUUCUGGCUUUGAUGUACAAAAAAAAAUUAUAUAUAUAUAUAUAAAAAUAAAAAAAAAACAAAGAAAUCGCCACAAGUGACAGAUGGCAAUUUUAGUGGCCCUCCAAUGCUGCAAGUCCAUUAGCUUACAUUGAAAGUUUUGUUGGCCCAAGAGUGCUAGAAUUAGGCCUUCUUUCUUUUUCAAGCAUGAUCAAUGAGUCAAGAUACACACACACACACACAUAUAUUUCUAUAUGUGUGUGUGUGUAUAUAUAUAUAUAUAUACAGUAUAUUUAAAAAGUAGAACGUAUAUGUCCACGGAGCAGGCAAUGUGUGCGUGUGUGUGCAUGAUUAUGAGAUGUUCAGUGUCUGUUAGAGUUGUGAACAAUGGCUAGUGUUUGUUGAUAAUAUAAAAAUGUUAUAUAUAUAUAUAUACUAUAUAUACUAUACUAUAUAUAUAUAUAU